GGAUGGGAUGGGAUGCUCAUCCUUCCUUUGCCUCGAGUCACUGCCAUGGUGCCUGCUCCCAGGCACCAUGGGGCUGGGAUAAGUAGGGAGAUGGUUGUAGCCAGACCUGAUGGCUUUGGAGGACCAUGCUAAUCUGUGCUGGGCUUGCAGAGUCCUGGUUAACAGUGUCCCUAUGGGGAGCAGAGAGCCCUGGUACUCAUGCCCCAAGGCUCAGUGUUAAGACGAUGCCUCUUAGGAUGCUUUGAGAAAUUUGCAGAUGCUCUACAGGAAGCUGCAGGAAUUUUGCAGGGAGACUAUUGUGAGUGGUUCUGGAGGAGCUGUGGUGCUGAGAGUUGGUACCCAUGGAGGCCAUGUCCCCAAGGGGAUGGACGUAUGCUCAUCUCGUGCUUCUUUUCUCUUUCUCCCUGUGCUCACUGGAAGGGACGCCUGUGAACCGCAUCCCCAUCAUGGCCAAGCAAGUGCUGGACCUCUACACGCUGUAUCGGCUGGUGACAGACAAGGGUGGCCUGGUGGAGGUCAUCAACAAGAAGAUCUGGCGUGAGAUCACCAAGGGCCUCAACCUACCUACCUCCAUCACCAGUGCUGCCUUCACCCUCCGCACACAAUACAUGAAGUAUCUGUACCCCUAUGAAUGUGAGAAGCGGGCUCUCAGCUCACCUGGGGAGCUUCAGGCUGCCAUCGACAGCAACCGGCGGGAGGGGCGGAGGCAGACAUUUGGCACCGCACUCUUCAACUACUCUCCCACUGGCACCCCAACCCUGCUGGGCUCCCCCAAAAUGCCCUUGCCAGGUCUCAGCAUCUCCACCCAUAGCUGCAGCCAGAUCAGCCAAGUGCACGGUGUGAAGAAAGAAGAUGGCACAGUGCCUGGGCGCAUCACCAUCCCAGUGGGGCUGUCCAGCCACCACCUCACAGCAGCUCAAGUGGCUGCAGCCUCGCAGGCGGCAGUGCUGGAGCAGUUGCGGGACAAGCUGGAGACUGGUGAGCCCCCAGAGAAGAAGGUGGCCCUGACGGUGGAGGAGCAGCAGCGGCUGAUGCAGCACACCCUGCAGCACAACCUCCUGGCUGUAGCCUCCCAGUUCCCCAUGAACAUCAAAGUCUCCAACCGAGAUGACAGACAGGAGACCGCAUUGAACCUGUCCACCAACGGCAUUAGCAGUAUCAACAUGUCAAUAGAAAUAAAUGGAGUUGUCUACACAGGUGUCCUGUUUGCCCGCCGUCCUGCAGGCCCCUUAGCAUCUGGUGGAGGGGGCACUCAAAGUGGGCCAAACCCUGCGGCCACCCCGAACCUACUGCCACCAGCCCCCUCACAAAGCCACACUCCCACUGGCACUGCGCCUUAGGGGCAGUGCUCCUCAAAGAGCUGCACUCCCAAACACGGGGCAAGGAUGUGCCCAGUCGGGAAAGGAUGUGCCCAUGAGGGCCUGGGGAAACAUCAUGUUGCAAUGUGGGGCUGUGGCAGUGCAGCAAGUAACCAUGGGGGCCCUUUCAUCCUUCACCCACAGGUGUCCAACUACCCCUCACCCAUGUGGACCCCCAAAACAUGCAUCUCCUGUGACCCCCAUGCAGAUCCUACUGGCCUGGAACUCCAGCACCUUGCAGACCACGUCCCCUUGAAGCAGUCUCUGCAUUCCCCAUACUUGCCUCAAUACUCACUGCAGCCCCUAUGUAUACCUCAGCUGCUACAGACCGUACACCUUGAUGCUCACUUUGCAUCCCCUGUGCACACCUCUGCACAUUCUGCAUCCUCUGUAGUGACCUUGAUGCACUCACUGCAGCCCCUACACACCUCAGUGUAUGCAUUGCAGCCCCUCUACACACCUUGGUGCAUACGCUGUCCCCUCUACAUUGCAAUGCUUUCUGACACACUGCCCCUUAUACACAUCUCUUUGCACACUGUGCUCCUUACACAUGCUGGCAAUGCACACUCUGCAUCUCCCACACACAGCAUCACCAAUACACCCCCUACACUGACCCCUGUCCACCCCCCUGGUGCACACUGUGUCCCCUACACAUUCCUCAUACACACUGUACACCUUCCACACAUACUCAGAACAAUUGCUGCCGCCCUCCCUCUCACUCCCCCCACGCUGCCCCACCCUGUAACACCCCCGGGGUCACCCGCGGGCAGUGGCACCCAGCGCUGGGGACACCUCAAGCCCCCAGCUUGGGGGGGGGUUGCGCUGGGAGGCACACAUUGGGGAUACUGGUGGGACUGGUGGGGGGGCGAGCUGAGAACGGGGGUGGGGCCUAUUGGGUUGGGGCUGUGGGAGGGACUUAAUGCCGGUGGGUGGGGGUAAUGCACUGGGAAGGGCUUGCUGGGGGCAGAGCAGAAUGACCCAGCAGUGCCUCCCACCAAAGACACAGAUGCCGAGGUCCCCAUCUGGGGGCAGGGAGAUGGGGGGGCCCUGAACUACCUCGUUGGCAGGGGGGAAGGGAAUGUCUUCUGCACCCACCCACAUCCUUGGGAGCCAAAGCAAAUGAGCGCGAGGCAAUGCUCGCCUCUACCUCAGUGGGGGUUCAGUGCUGCUUAUGCCACCCCCACAGCAGUGUGGCUGUGUGUCUAUUAAAGGAACUGAACUGAA